AGAUGGCGCUGUUUCACGGAUCGCCAUCUUUCUCUGUUUGUUGCUCGAUAGCAGUAAUACUUCUCGUUUCUUUCAGUUUGCCUAUGCUAUAGAUUAUUUCUGAAGAGCAAAACAAUAGCUAAAUGGCAUUUAGCCGCAACCCUUUGGACAGUAUGGCAGGAAGUGGCCAACGGUUUGGAGUUGGCGGUAUGGACACGACAAACAGUACAUAUAUGCAGGAUCAGUUCUCAGCGUGGAGUGCUGCCCAGUACGGCAUGUCGAGUGGGAGGAAGUCUGCCCCCGCGGACUCGCUGCUCUCUCCUGGCACGCGGAAGAGCAGCGGCCUGAUAGGCAGCGGCAGCAGCGCGACGACGGUGACGUCGACCGGAGCCGAGCGCAUGUCCAAGUUGAAGCGAGGAGGUUUCUACGGCGACGACGACGACAGUGAGCCGAGCAUCUACUUCAACAAUCCGUCGAUGUACCUCCCUCACAGGACAGACAAGGACUCGAUGACGUCACCAUCACCGUCGCAGCUCUCUGCGUUCGGAACGUCAAGUCUCAUUGGCUCACAAUCAGGCAGCAGCCAGCUGCAGCAGCGUACGAUCGGGCAGCAGUUUGGCCGAAGCACGAGCGUGCCAGGUCACGUGACGCCGACGAGCGUGGGUGCGUCGUCGUUCCUGUCCGGACUUCCGCAGCAGCAGCCGUCACCGAAUCGGGUGAUGCUCCCGAUCAGCUCACGCUCCAGCUUCCAGACGCAGAUCGCACCGCCGCUCGGCAACCUGCAGAAGAGCAAGAGUCCCGCGUUCCCGCUCGUCAGCUCCUCGUCGUCGUCGUCGUCGUCCGCGGCGGCAGCGGCUGCUGCGGCGGCCGCCGCAUCGAGCGGCAUGCAGGGGUUCGGUUUCUCCUCGCGCUCUUUCACGGCGCAGGCAGGCAGCAGCUUCAGUUCACAAGGUGAGGGCGGCCCAGCCGGUCUGGACCUGUCAGAGUUCCCAUCGCUAAAAUCCGGCGCAUCAAAUUCCACGCCACCGAUGCAGAGCAACGCUAUGAUGGGGCGAACUGCAUAUGGUGAGCACAAACUCUUUAAAGUAGGCAUGAUCAAACAGCCAACGUCGGAGUCACAGCAAGAGUUCCAGAUCCAUAACGAAGACUUUCCCGCGUUGCCCGGUUCACAAAUACAAGGCAGAGAAAGUGUAGAUUCAACGAAACCCGUGGCAGCAAGUGCAGAGUCGGAACAGGGGCGGGAUGGUAAGCCACGGUUUCCAGGCGACAAACAGGGAUCACAGCAGCAACAACAGCAGCAGCAGAAACGAGGAAUCCAGACAUCACCUGACGGUAAUGUGACGAACCUACCGGCCAGCAUGGUACAGGACCAAUUCGGCAUCGUGGGGUUGUUGACUUUUAUCCGAGCGGCGGAAUCCGACCCCAACCUCGUCUCGUUAGCUCUCGGCAGUGACCUCACCACGUUAGGACUCAAUCUCAACUCGCAGGAGAACCUAUACCCGACGUUUGGUGGUCCGUGGGCGGAGGCACCCUGCCGACCGCAAGACAUAGACUUUCACGUGCCGCAGGAGUACCUCUGUAACAUUGCCAUCAGAGACAAGUUGGCUCCGAUCAAGCUGAAUCGAUAUGGUGAGGACCUGCUAUUCUACAUGUUCUACACGCACGGUGGGGACGUCCUGCAAUUGGCUGCCGCCGCGGAAUUGUACAACCGGGACUGGCGCUACCACAAGGAAGAGCGCGUGUGGAUCUCGCGUGCUCCCGGAAUGAUCCCGAUCGAAAAGACGGCGCAGUACGAGCGCGGCACCUACUACUUCUUUGACGCGCAGAACUGGCGCAAGGUCGCCAAGGAGUUCCACCUCGACUACGACAAGCUGGAGGACCGGCCGCACUUGCCGCAGUCGAUGCACCCUCACCCGAACCAGAUGUCAGCGUUCACCGUCGGACCUGUCCAGUAGAUCCACCCCCCGCCCCCCGCGGGGAUCGAGAGUGGAGAGAGGAUUGGUCCGUUAGAUCUGCCCGCUCCUCCCAACCACUCGGGGAUCGAGAGCAGAGGGAGGACCGGUCUGGUAGAUCCCCCCUCUGCCGGGGGAUCGAGAGCAGAGGGAAGACGGAAUAGAGAGAUUCCCCCUUACCUCUGCACAUGUGCGCGGCACCGAGAAAGAGAGAUAGCGCGGGACGGUAGUGGUGUACAUUAUUAGGUGUAUUGUGCGCCGCGCGCGCGUGGGCUGAGACGCGGCAGUGCGCGCGCCGGUUAUUUAAUAUGAGAUUUCCAUUUUAAUGCAGCGGCGACGUCUCGCGGGGUCACUUAGGGUCAUGCUGAGUCGUCGUCGAGUCACAUUGAUUCUUAUAGAGCCAAUAUCGAGCCACGCGGUGAAUACAGCUGAGACCUAAAUACCUGAGUUAUUGGCAGCCCGCUCUCAUUGGAUGUUGCUGCCACGCCAACAAGGCUAGAGCAGUUUUGCGUCGACUUUGCCGUGCUUCGUUGCUAAGCAUUGUUUUUUAAUCGUUCCGUUGCAAUGAUGACUGGCUAGAGCUGUGUGUCGGUCACCCAGUGUGGGUAGAUUUGUUCUGCUGACGUGCGUCUCCUUCCGAUUGUUCUAUCGUUUACCUGCAUGCACGAGCAACAUGUAGAGAAUACUGAGUGAGCGUAGCGGGCAAUUCCUAUCCUGGAUGAGUCACUGCUAAACGAUGACCAUCAUUGACAUUAACUACGUAACGUGACGCAAUUAAUUCUUGGAUGGACUCGCCUUUUCCCCUGGUGAGUGAGUUACAGUAAGGAAGGGCAGGUUGAGUUGACAUGGUUGAGAGAGAGAGAGAGAUGUCUUCAGGUUGUGUUUCACUCUCAGCGAGUUGAUACGCAAGAACAUGAUACGUGUCACACCGCACGAUGCAGUGGAGGUGUUUAAGAUGGCUCUCUUCAAAUAUCCAUCGAUUCUUCUCUUCCUACAUUAUGAAAGCAUUCCUUGACAAGAUCCUUUAGAUUAUUAAGGUAUUAAGGUCUUCACCCUUGCCUUUUGUACACAGCCAUUACGUUUAAAACCCUGCAAGCACUGCUGUGAUACAGGGGGUCGGAAUUAAGAAAAAAACUGCUACUAAUCCUCCCACAAAGAGACAGCCAAAAUAUACUUUUCUGCAAAAGUCGAGUUGUUUUGAUGAAAUGUUAAAAAGUGUUCUUUCCCAGCCUUUCACCUUUCUUGCUGCCAAUCUGCUCGAACCAGAUAAUUGUGGGAGCGUUGGUUUCGACCCCCUGUGAUAUGUGCAGUGAUGCCUUGCCUUUGGGCAUGUUAAUGAGUAAAUUCGCGACAAUUUGUUUACGCCGGAACUUUACGGUUCCGUGGAUUGAGCAGACACGAACACUCCACGGAGGAUGCCCGAUGUUGCAGUCUUGGCCGUGUUGCCACUGUAACAUGCACGGUUCCCGCACGACGAAUGCUGCUUAGCUACAGACGAUUGUCUAGGUAUCAUGGCAAUGUGAUGACGGGGGCUGUCAUGUAAUAGCAACUAGAGAGUUGUGAUUUACGCCCUACGUUACCAUGAUGACUCGAUGGUUUCAGCUCCCAGUGGUCUGUGAUCAUGAUAAGAAUUGCAUUGAUUAAAAUAUUAUUUUCUUUGUAUAAAA